CGGGACGAGCUUCGCUUCUGCGGGUCCUGCUCUCCGGAGACCCGGGACCAGGUGCAGGAAGGACCCUCGGGGGGCCGGGAUGCCGGUGGGAGCGGACCCCGACGGCGUGGGCGGCGUCCGUGCAGGAGGCUCCGGAAUCAGGCUGGGCAGUUCAUCUCCGUGGUGACCGUCUUUGAGGCACAGGGAGCGCCCUCGGGGAGCCAGGAUGCCAGCGGACCUGGCCCCCGCCGGCGAGGGCGGCCGCCUCGGAAGCACCGCAGGAAGAAAGUGGCCAUCGCCACAGAGGUGACCCUGUUUGAGAUGGUCGCCCUGGGGAAGAACUCUGUGCAGCAGACGGCCGUGGAGGAGUGGGUGCAGUCCUACAAGGAGGACCGGGAGCUGGCCUUGCUGGACCUCAUCAGCUUCUUUGUGCAGUGCUGUGGCUGUGAAGGGAUGGUGACGGCUGAGUUGUACCAGAGCAACGAAGGCAAGAACGUGGUGCACAAAAUGACAGAGAAGUUUGACCAGGAGACCGGGCUGUAUUACAAGAAGUUUCUGGCGUACCCCUGGAUCCUGACCAUCAUGUGGCCCGAGAAACUGCGUGCUGCUUCAGAUGAGAGCACCGGGCUCUGCACCGCGGGACCUGUAGGCCUGACCUGUCCUGCAGAACAAAGCGACUUUUACCCCAUCGUGGGGCCAGGGCCUUUCUGGAAGAGGUUUCGGGUGAACUUCUGUGAGUUCACGGAGCUGCUGGUGCACCAGACGCACUCCUCGGUGCUGUGUGACGGUCACCUCAUGGACACGGUGAUCGGCAUGCUCAGCGGCCUCACAAACUCGGCCGUGUACAGCCUGCGGCACACCAGCUCCCUGGCCGCCAUGAAGCUGCUGACGGCGCUGGCCAGCGUGAACCAGGGCAUCUGCACGGGCAGGCGCACGGCCCAGCGGCUGUACGAGAUCGAGAGCAUCACCAAGCUCAAGGGGAGGCACAAGUACUACAUGGAGCUGCUGGACCAGCGCAGGCACCAGUUCCAGAACAAGCCCGUGGCCAUCGACAACAUCAUCUGUGCGCUCUUCAAAAGGACGUUUGUGCCCCGCUACCGUGACAUCAGCUCGGACAUCCGUGUGAUCUGCAUGGGGGAGCUGGGCUGCUGGGUCCGGCUGUACCCGGAUCUGUUCCUGGACAACAACUACUUGAAGUACAUCGGCUGGAUGCUCUACGACAAGGACGCCAGCGUGCGGAUGAAGUGCAUCCUGGCCCUGAAGGCACUCUACGAGAAGAGGGAGUCGGCCAUGAAGCUCGGCCUCUUCUUCUACAAGUUCAAGAAACGGAUCCUGUCGAUGACGCAGGACAGGCAGCCGGAAAUCACGUCCGAGUGCAUGCAGCUGCUGAGGCUCAUAUCCGAGCACUACGUGGGCGUGUUCUCCGCCAUGGAGUACGUCUUCCUGUUCCAGUUUGUGUACGCGGCCUACAGGCCCAUGGCCACCGCCGCGGGCGAACUCAUCUGUAAGAGGCUCCUGGCCCCUCCGCCCCACGAAGGUUUCUUUGCUCAAGAGCCCCCGGACGAGUUCGAUAGAAAUCUCCAGAACAUGAAGGCGCUCAUCGACUUCUACCUGCAGGGCGAGUUCCACAGACACGUCCCGUACCUGGUGGACGGCCUGUGGGAGGCAGCGCCCGCCCUGGUCCGGAACUGGGAGUGCAUGACGGCCCUGCUGCUGGAGCCCCGCGGCGGGUGCCAAGCCCUGACCAGCCAGCAGGAAAGAGUGCUCAUUGAGAUCCUCGUGGCCGCCGUGAGACAAGCUGCAGAGGGGCGCCCACCUGCCGGCCGGCGCCUGGGCAAGAAAGCCACCCGGGAGGUGGACGGGACCCGCCGCUGGCGUGAGCACGCCAACAUGAGCCGACACUUGGCCAAGGUGCUGCCCCGGCUGCUCUCCAAGUUUGCAGCGGACAAAGAGAAGGUGACCCCCCUCCUGCAGAUCCCACAGUAUUGCAACCUGGACGUGUACGACACGGACGGCCUGGGCUCGUACCUGGACGCGGCGCUGCUGGAGCUGGACUGCCUGGUGCAGCGGCACUCGGACGUGGCGGUGCUGGAGGCCUGCGCCCGCGCCUACGGCACGUACUGCGACGAGGGCCGCUCCGCGCACGGCCAGGCCGCCCCCGCCCGCAGCCGGCUGGUGGACAUGCUGGUGGACGCGCUCACCCCGCUGCUGGACGUGUUCAUCCAACACGAGAAGCAGGGCCUGUUCCUUGGACACAGUGAGAUGGGGCGGAUCUGCUCCACGCUGCGGAGACUGGCGGCCUUCUACAGUGCACACGACCUGAGCAGCUGGAAUCUGUAUGAGAAGAUGGACAGCCUGCUGACUUUCCGCCGGCACCGGGGCAGCCUGCCCACUGAGGUUGUCCACUGUGCCCUGCAGUGCACCUACUACGCGCUCCUGUGGCAGAUCGUCGCCGCCACGGACCGGCUGCCGCCGCAGGAGGCGCUCCUGGACUUGAGGAAGAGGCUGCUGAGGUUCUGCCUGGUGUGCCGCGUGUACCUGAACCACCAGAGCAAGGUGCUGAGCGAGAAGGCCUUCAUCCUGCUGUGUGACCUGCUCCUCAUCCUCAGCCACCAGGGCCCUGAGGAGGACUCGGGCCUGGGGCUGCUGUUCUUCGUGCCCGACCACGUCCUGCAGUGCAAGCUCCUCACCUUUGUCAAGGAGCACGUGUUCCUGGAGGAGGCCGGAGAUGCAGGGCCCAGCAGAGUGUACAGGGAGGAGGACGCGGACGAGCUGCACGCGCUGUUCCAGCGGAGAAACAUGCUGGCCGUGUUCUGUAAGCUCAUCGUGUGCAACGUGCUGGACCUGAGCUCCGCCGCCGCCAUCUACCAGUUCUACCUGAAGCACUACCAUCACUUUGGGGACAUCAUCAAGGAGACCAUGACCCGGACGAGGCAGAACGACAGGCUUCGCAACGCGCUGUCCCUGCUCCUGUGCCUGCAGCAGCUGUUCCAGAAGCACGUGGACACGUAUGGCAUGGGCUACGACCCCAUCGAGUUCAUCUGCGGCCCCUUCUACUCCAUCCGGCUGUUGGCACGCCGCUUUGCGCUCACCCUUGGCUUUGACCGUGCCCGUGACGCGGCCCACCUGAUCCACAGGCGUGGGCUGGCGUUUGCCUUUUCCGAGUCCCCCGUGCCUGAAGAGGAGGAGGCCCGGCAGAGGUUCCCCAACCUCAGCUUCCUGCUGGUUCUGGCCGAGUUCUCCUGCAAGAUCCCCCCUGCAGAGCGACAAGCCGCACUCACCCACUUCCAGGACUCCAUCCCCGAGGGCCUGCCUGUGUUUGGGGAAGGGGACAUGAACCCCAUGCUCGUCUAUCGCAAGUCCCUGAUAAGGACGGACUACGUGGCCCAGGGGGAGGACGAGCCCGCCGCCAACCCGUUUGACGCCAUCUGCAAAGACAGCAAGCGGCCCCAAGAGUUGCCCGUGGGGACGUGCUCCACCUGGACUCCAGACACCCUGGCCAGCUGCAGCGCGGGCGACAGAGAGCCGAGAAAUUCCUCCACGGGCCAGAAGUCCAAGAGGGACGUCUUCGAUGUCGACUUCCUGUCCUCGGAGGACUCUGAGAACUCGUCCAACGAAGACGUGGACGUGGAGGGCAUCUCCGUCCACGAGGGCGCGUCGGACUGAAGAGGACUCCGUCGGCAGUUCCAAGUUCCUCCUCGGUCGUCGACCUCUGCUCCUGGGCUUGGGGAGCCCGUGGCGUCCAGGCGCGGCCGACCCAGGCCCCCAGGGCUCCAGGUGGACGGAAGUGACCCCCGCCGCCCGCACCCGUGCACUCCGGCCGCGUGUGAGGAGAGAGGGUCACAUGACCGUGGACGGGGGCCCCCCCCGGGGUGCCCACACCCCCCCCAACCCACUAGGUGCCUACCCGCCUGCGGCUUCUCUGGCGACCACUGUGCUUGGCUGGAAGGUCCCGGAAGCUGCCUCCCCCGCUGCGGACCACGGUGCCGGCCCCCUUGGCGGGCGUGCUCCUGCACGGCGUGGGUCUGGCCGGGCCGACCGCCCUUCCUUCCCCGGCUCGGGACCCCGCGGCUGGGUGAUUCCCGGCGUCCGGUGCCGAGAGCCCGCGGCCGUCGGGUCGGCUCUGCUCCGGCGCUGCGGACAGACUGGCUGGAGCGGGACGCGCGUUGGCCACCGACCCCCGGUGUGCAGGGGGCCCCGUACCUCCGGUCCCGUGUCGGUGCCGAAGCAGAGCUCUCGGGGCCACGGUGUGGAGGAGGACGCCUCGAGGGGACACGGAGAGCGAGGCCGGGCUGCGGGGAGGACUCCUGCCGGUCACGCACAGGCAAGAACGGGCCCAGGAGCUCGGGCCUGGGGGACCCUGUGUAGACCUGGACCUGGGGGUUUGUUCUGUGUAGACCUGAGCCUGGGGAGCUCAGGCCCGCGCAGACCUGGGCCUGGCAAGUUGCCGUCCAGGAGGGACACCCGUGCCUCUGGCUGUCCCCUCCCCGGGGCCGGGGCAGCUGUUGUGGGGAAGCAGAGCCCUUCAUGGGGGCCUCGAGAACACGGGUUGCCCGCGGGCAGGGCUCUGCAGGAGGGUCACCCUGCCAGACGCUCCGGACCCCACGGCCCGUGACCCUCGGCCGGACGUGCCGCGCCCCAGAGCCGUGCGCACGGCGUGGUCUCCCGUGGAGCCGCGGCCGUCUGUCCCCAGUAGCGUCCCUGCCUGGCAUCUGCCCCUUGUGAUCUCUGUGUGCGUGUCUGUGUCGUGGGCGGGCGAGCCAAGCCCCUCACGGAAAAUCCUUCAAUCCUUUAUUCGAAAAUACAGACGUGAGCUUGUGAAACGUUUUUAAACCGCUACACACACCAAAUAAAGGUUAACUUUACACGUUUUGUA